GCUACUCCCCUCCCAUCACCCGCAGCGCGAACCGGUCAGCAACCGCCCUUUUUUUCUUUCUUUGUUUCCUCGUCUUCCUUCCCUCUCUACCACGCAAAAGAUGACUUUCGAGGCCGCCAUUUCUCUUACAAUAUUUUUUACUCGUUUGUUUAUCAAAGAUUAAAUUAAAAAAAAAAAAAAGAGCAAGGAAAGGUGCGUAGUGCGCACUCUUCCUAAUUUCCGUGAUUUAUCGUCUCCUUUUUUCUUAUCGAGAAAUUGAUAUUGUUUUAGCUCGCUAUGUCGAUUCGCCAUCUGCGAAAUUCGAGAAUUUUCUUCCGUUUUCUCUUUUGGUGGAUCUUAUUCAGCUGUUUUCCAGGAUUAAUUUCAUCGGCGGUAGUUACAUUGGAUUCGAUUGAAAUAUUCAACACGCACGAGUGGAUAGCAAAGCCGACGGUUUAUUUCGUGUGUAAAGGAGAGAACGGGACGGUGUUGCCAGAUGUCACCGAAAAAGGCGUUGUCUAUUCUUUCAAGGGUGAAGAAUCUUGGCAGCCAUUGACAGAACUAGAAAGCAAGAAAUGCAAGCGGUGUGGAUUCUAUGAGAAGGACACCAUUAAAUCAGAUGAUGUAUAUGAUGAGUGGGAGUUCUGUGCGUCUGACUUUAAAGCUCCAGAUGGGAAAUAUAUAUUGUUUAAAGAAAAGGAACUUAAUGUUACCUUCAGCUGUCCAGAAUGCACUUCUCUUCCAGCUGCUUCCGAUACGGCCCCUAAAAAGCAUGAUGACGGGAAUAGAAUGCAUGUUGCUGUAGUUAUACUGAUUAGCGUGCUGAUUUCAACUGUUACAAUAAUUGCACUGGUGGUGGCAUAUAAAUAUUGGCAAAGGAAGAAGAGGCAACAAGAUCAGGCUCGGUUCUUAAAGCUGUUUGAAGAAGGGGAUGAGAUCGAGGAUGAACUAGGCCUUGGUACUGUAAUUUGAUAAAAUAGCUUGGUUACCCCCUGUACAGUAAGUUGACCUUACAUAAACUUUACUUCUUGUGGGAGGGGAAAAAAUAGUGUCACAUCUAUUAGUUAAACAUUAAAUAUACUCUAGAUCCCAUUUCUGAUAAUUAAGAAAAAUGCUUAAAUGGUUUCUGCCUACUGGUACAAGUACCCGGUGUUCAUUAGUUCAUCACUGCAUGUUAUUAUAUUGUUUUUGCUCUGAAAGCAAACGAGGGAAGUAACCAAGAUGCCUGCACAAAGUCCCACUUCGUCCAUGCGGUAGCCAUAUUUAGUUCUUCUUUUGUCUCCGUCGUAGCUGUAAGAAUCUUCAUCUUCACAAUAUUGUGAUGGGAUAAAAUAAUCUUUGAUGAGAUAAAAUAAUUUAAAAAAUAUUUA